AAGUCGAAAAACUGUUCCAUCUCAAUGCAAAGACGAGCGGCGAGGCCAAAUCCAUUGUGGCCUUAUCUCCGUUGACCAAUGAUGGUUUUGAGUCAGCGUGGAGAAACUUGCAGAAUCGGUUCGAGAACAAGAGGCUGCUGGUCAAUAGCCAAUUAAAGAUCUUGUUUAAUUUGCCUUCUGUUGCCCAGGAAUGCGGAAAAUCCUUGAAGCAUUUAGAGAGCACAAUCCAAGGUUGUUUAACGGCCCUGCAAUUAGCAAGAGUCGAGACCACGAAUUGGGAUUGCCUGCUUGUUUUCCUGUGCUCGUCCAAGUUGCCAAAACUAACUUUGGCUCUGUGGGAACAGUCCCUGCUAAAUAAGUCAGAGAUUCCACUUUGGGAUGAAUUCCAGGCUUUCUUAAAAGAUCGUCAUCGAACGCUUGAGGCGAUUGAGGAGUUCAAGCCAAACGCGAGCGUUCAAUCCAGGGCACUGAGGGCUGAAAAUAGCUCGCGGUCGAUCCAGACCUUCGAAAACAGAGUUACGGUAAACCCGCAAUCCUGCAAACUCUGCGCACAGGAGAACCAUCCAGUCCGAUUAUGUCCUCUAUUCUUACGCAUGCCAGUCGCAGAUCGAGAGAAACAUGUAAAACAGCAGAAGUUGUGCUUAAACUGUUUCGCAAGAACGCAUCUGCUCCGGGAUUGCAACAGUACGCAUAAUUGCUACACCUGCAAUGGACGUCACAAUACUCUCCUGCAUCGAAGUACCCCUCUGCCAGUCCAUUCAGUGGUUAUGCCUGACCAGCAGUCCCAUCCAUCCACAGCAACCCAGCAACAGAUACAGUCCACUCCAUCGACGAGUCAAGCGAAUGUGCAAACGUUUCUUGCCGUCAACACGCAAGGGGUCCUACUGAGUACGGCAUUGAUAGAAGUUUGCCAUUUGGGCAUAAAAUACUCAGCACGGGCACUCAUUGACUCAGGUUCCGAGGCAACCUUCAUCUCAGAACGGUUGUUCAACCUAAUUAAGUUGCCAUAUGAGUCCAUUCAGGCCCAAGUUUCGGGGGUCAACCUUUCCGUUGCCGCUCAGCCUCGUAAGAGGUGUCAACUCAUCAUAGGUUCUUCCGUCAAGCCCCAUAUCCAGAUUGAAACUUGUGCAUACGUGUUACCCCAGUUAGCUGGUAAUCUCCCAUCCUACACUCUACCAGAGGCCUCAUUAAAGGAUCUUCCACCGUUGCAACUAGCAGAUCCAAAUUUCUUCCGAAGCUCGCAGAUUGACGUGCUUAUUGGUGCCGAUAUCCUGCCAUCGAUCCUCCUAAGCGGCUCCCAUUCCAAUAUUUGUGGAACACUCCUGGGUCAAGAGACCAUAUUCGGGUGGAUUCUUUGCGGUCCGAUUGCAGCGAGUCCCACAAGCAGAGUCUGCUCCUUUUCAGCCCGAUUAGCAGUCAAGGAAUCCAAACUAGACAGCAUCCUCACAAAAUUUUGGGAGGUGGAGGAUGUUCCAGUGAAGCUGGUUAAGGAAUCCACCUCGGUUUGCGAGGAGAACUUUAUCCGAUCCACCAAAAGAAGUGAGGAUGGAAGAUAUGUUGUUUCGUUGCCCUUUAAAGAGCCGGACAAUAUUAAGCUUGGACAUUCCAGACCCAUCGCACUAGCUCAGUACCUCCGAAACGAAAUGCGAUUAAGUAAAGAUCUUCCAUUGAAGGAGCAGUACGACUCAGUCAUUCGAGAGUACUUAGACUUAGGUCAUAUGCACCAAGUCUCCCCUGACGACUCUAGCAGUUUUUAUCUGCCUCAUCACGCUGUCUUCAAACCAGAUAGCACCACGACGAAGGUUCGCGUCGUGUUCAACGCUUCCAAUCCCUCAUCAAACGGGAACAGCCUCAAUGAUAUCCUUCAUGCGGGGCCUGUACUACAGUCCGAUCUGACUAUUCAGAUUCUUAAAUGGCGUUUCUUUAAGUAUGUUUUCAAUGCGGACAUCACAAAGAUGUAUCGGCAAAUCCGGGUCAAUCCUGAUCACACGCGCUUUCAGAGAAUCUUAUUCCGCAACAAAUACGGUGAGCUCUGUGACUAUGAACUCGACACAGUCACCUUCGGCGUAAAUUGUGCGCCCUUCCUGGCCAUCAGAGUGCUUCAGCAGUUGGCUCAGGACAUCCGAGGCCAAUAUCCUUUGGCCAGCGACAUCAUUUCGAACUUCAUGUACGUGGACGAUGUGCUCGCAGGGGCUCACACUCAGCAGUCGGCAGUUUUAGCCAUUAAAGAGCUUCGGCUGGCUCUCGAGAGUGCCGGUUUUCCACUGCGCAAGUGGACCUCAAACGAAAGGAGACUCCUACAAGCGAUUCCGAGGGAACAUUUGGUCAGUGCAGACUUCCUUGAGCUGGAAGAUGCCAGCACGGCGAAAACUCUUGGGAUCCGUUGGCAAGCUACAUCCGAUAGUUUCUUUUUUGUUCCAAUGGUGAUCUCCCUGCAACCUGCCUACACCAAACGAGAGGUUUUGUCUCAAAUAGCCAAACUGUUCGACCCGGCAGGGUGGUUAUCGCCUUUCGUAAUCCGAGCCAAGAUUUUCAUGCAGGAAAUUUGGCUACGGGAGCUAGGCUGGGAUCAGCCACUCCCCACCGACCUUGUGACCAAGUGGCAAGAGUUUUUGAAAGGGUAUCCGACCCUGAGGGAAAUUCGUAUUCCGAGGUGGGUGCGUUUCCAUCCUGCUGCCAAGGUGCAGUACCAUGCGUUUUGCGAUGCGUCACAGGACGCGUAUGGGGCUGCUAUUUUCGUCCGAGUCGAAACGGCUGACGGCUGUUGUGCCCAUUUGCUGGCAUCCAAGACCAGAGUCGCUCCCGUCAGGUCCAUCUCCAUACCCCGCCUGGAGUUGUGCGGAGCAGUGCUGCUCACUGAGCUAGCAGCAUCAGUAAUUUCCGAAUUGCCUCCUAAAGCUUAUGAGAUUUUUUAUUGGACAGACUCUACUAUAGUUCUUGCAUGGCUAGGCAAGCCAGCAUGCACCUGGACGACAUUCGUGGCCAACAGGGUCGCAAAGAUCGAACAGCGCACCAACGAAAGCAAAUGGGGCCAUGUACGAUCCGAAGACAAUCCAGCUGAUCUGGCAAGCCGAGGCGUCUCGCCCCAAGAGCUUAAGGACAGCACACUUUGGUGGCACGGGCCGGCUUGGCUGCCACUCAAGCAGGAGCAGUGGCCGAGUGAACCACUGGUUAAUCCGGAAACCGAGAUGGAGCAACGGCCUAUCAAAUGUCACAGUGCCACAGUGCCGCCAGCAGUGGAUAUCCUAGAGCGUUUUUCAACCUUCGACAGGGCGCUGCGGGUUCUAGCAUACGUGAUCCGUUUUGCGAAAAAUUGCAAAAAGGAAGACAUACCCCCAUCGGCAGCACUCACUUCGGCGGAGUUGUCCGACGUGCAAGAGCGAUUAAUCGUGUUCACUCAAAAGAACGAGUUCCCCGUCGAAUAUAAGGCUUUAAGUAACAAGCAGCAAAUUCCAUCCUCAAGUACAAUUUCUAACUUAAACCCCUUUCUUGACAGAAAGGGGGUCUUGAGAGCAAGCGGCCGUUUACAAGCAUCUGACAUGCUCAGUUAUGAUGAAAAACAUCCUAUCAUCAUCCCAGCGCGAUGUAGGUUCGCGAAACUACAAGCCCUGUUUACCCAUCGCAUAUCCUUGCAUGGGGGGAAUCAGUUAAUGGUGAGACUGAUUCGGUCUAAAUUCUGGAUUCCUAAGCUUCAGAGGUUGGUGAAACACACAAUCCACUCGUGCCGAGUUUGUGUCAUCCACAAGAAGAACCUGCAGAGGCAGUUGAUGGGGGAUUUACCCCGGGCGAGAUCCUCUUUCUCCAGGCCAUUCACUCAUACAGGCAUGGAUUUCGCGGGGCCAUUUGACAUCAAGAGUUAUGUCGGUCGAGGCUGCAAAGUCACAAAGGGGUACGUCUGCGUUUUUGUUUGCUUUAGUACCAGGGCCAUCCAUCUCGAAGCGACGUCCGACUUGACGACAGAGAAAUUUUUAGCUGCCUUCUCUCGUUUUUCUGCUCGCCGUGGGUGUCCACAACAUGUCUACUCUGACAACGGGAAAACGUUCGUCGGAGCCUCCACGUCCUUAUCCAGAGACUUUAUGGAAUCAACCAGAACACUGAUCCUCUCCAAACACAGCCUUCAGAACUUGGACUGGCAUUUCAACCCUCCUGGCGCGCCUCACAUGGGAGGGCUCUGGGAGGCGGGUGUGAAAAGUUUCAAGGCUCACUUCUACAAGUACACAGCAGCAGGGAAGUACACCUUCGAAGAACUGGCUACCCUCCUUGCGAAAAUUGAGGCCUGUUUAAACUCCAGGCCUAUUUCACCAAUGUCCGAAGAUCCCACUGACCUUGUGGCUCUUAGCCCCGGACAUUUUCUAAUUGGUGGACCACUUCUUGCGGUAUCGGAGCCUCUGAUUGAGGAAAAUCCUAUUUCCAUCAUCAAUCGGUGGCGGAGGUUGAAGGCCCUGCAUCAGCAGUUCUGUGUGCGUUGGAAGGAGGAAUAUCUGAAGGAGCUCCACAAAAGGAACAAAUGGAAGUUCCCAUCACGAGAUCUCCAAGCGGGAGACAUGGUUGUGAUCAAGGAGGAGAGCUUGCCAGCCAACGAAUGGCGGCUUGGGCGUAUCCAGUUGGUAUGUCCGGGCGCCGACGGCAAGAUCCGUGUAUACAAUGGCUCCAACGACCCACCAAAAUCCUCGUCGCUCAUCCGGGAGCAAUGUAUACAGAUGUCGAGUCUGCAGGACAUGUUUCAGAAUGUCACAUUGGCGGAUGACCGGUGGUUCCACCCAUCGCUAGUGUCGGUUGUGCUGGGAGCGGACGUUUACGCUGACCUGAUGCUGCCGGGUAUCCUCCCGGGUCAGGACGGCUUGCCGAUGGCACAAAAUACGACGCUGGGAUGGAUCCUUUCCGGACGAUGCUCCCUCUCGUAG